AUGGCCAGCGCACUGCCAGACAGCGCUGCGUCGUACGAGGAAGCAGUGGCAGCGCGGCGGAACCGCUUCAGGCCGUCUCGCGACUCCCUCUCUCGCUCGUCGACCUACUCGAUCGACCCGGUCUUCACCAUCCCACACUCGGGCACGCACAUCCACGCCUUUGCAGCAGCACCAUGCUCGUCGCACCUCUACACAGGCGGGAGCGACGGAUUCGUGCGGCGGUACGCUCUUCACGCGACUCUGAACGGGACAGGCGUCGACAACCCGCUCGUGCCGAACCUCACGAGCAAGCCGGGCGGUCACGAACGGCCGCCUGGGACCGACAUGCGGUCGGCUGUCCUGAGCGGAUACUGGGAGAACGAGGAACCGGCAGACUGGAUGGACGACUUGCUCUCGCCCGACGGGGACGCGCAGCAUGACAAGCUCGCAAAGGUCAAGUGGGGACCCAAGUCGAGCGCACUGGGUCCGCAGAGUGCGGUGCACAGUCUCGCCGUCCAGCGGGAAGAGCUGUGGGGUCUAAGCGGGACUUCGAGAGGCUCCAUCAACCUCUGGACAGUCCGCCACGACGAAGGCCAGAUCCGGCACGUCUUCCGCCCCGACGCCUCCUCCUCCUCUUCCUCCACAACACCGCAAGGCCACUCUUCCAAAGCCGCAGUCUCAGCUCUCGCACUCGACCACGACGAGACGGGUUUCUUGAGCGGCGGCUGGGACGGUCGGAUAUUUGAAUGGGACCUCCACACCGGCUCCUCCACACGCUCCUUCCACGCUCACAACGCCCAAAUAACAUCCGUCGCGUUCCGACCGCUCAGACCACCUAUACCGCUCGAGACGGGGGAUGGGGACGUGGAGAUGCGGGAGGAUGAGGGCGAGUGGGUCGAUGCGCCGGGGAGGGUGAGGGUUGAUGAGGUUGGAGGUGAGAGGAAGAGGAAGGGAGCGGGCAAGGCUGAGGAGGUGAAGGAAGCGGGUGAGGAUGCAGAUGCUGAUGCGGAUGCCGAUGCGGAUGCGGAUGCGGAAGGCGAGGUGGACGACUUGACGAACCCACACUCGAUCCUUCCUUCUCGACCGGAUCCAGGGAAGGACAUCCCGCUCGUCGGCGCAGGAAAGGCGGAUCCAGGGGAACUUAGCCGCGACGUAUUUCUCAGUACAGGGCUGGACGGGAUAAUUGUAUUGUGGGACCGACGGGCGGGUGAGGCGCAGGGUGGUACGAAGGGCGCGGUGGGGAAGUUUGCGGCGUUUGACGGACGAGGAGGCAAGAGCGGUGCGCGCUGUACUUCGGCUUGCUGGUCACCCUCGGGCUCGCACAUCUACGUCGCCCGCCGCUCGCCCUCGAUCCAAAUCUACGACCUCCGUUCCGCCUCUCCGCUCUCCACCCUCUCCCUUCCGACAUCAACAGGGCCCGUCAGUGCCGUCGCCGCCCUCCCGAAUGGCCGCCACCUGCUCAGCGCAAGUUGGGAUUGCGUGCGGUUAUGGGAUGUCGAGCGGGCAAUGGAGGCUGUUGCGGCGGAGUCGUCGAUGGAAGCGGGUGAUGGGAAGGCGACGAUGCCUCUGGGAGCGACGGUCGUACCAGGACACUACGGCGGGACUGUCAGCCAGCUUCACGUCGACCCGACAUGUCGCUGGAUGUUCACGACGUCGGGCAACCGCGCAUGGGAAGGCACGUCGACGGAGAACCUCGUUAUUCACGAGAUGAAGACCGUUGCAGCGGCUUAG